AUGGCCUCAGGCUCCUCCUCCAAACCACCGAGCUUCUUCUCAUGCAUCGCCAACCGCACUACCAUCCUAGCGGAGCACUCUGCCCCAGGGGCCUCCUCCACAGCAGCCUCAUCUCUGGCCUCCAUCAUCCUCCCAAAGAUCACCCACGACAAGCCCCAGAAACUCACCUACACUCACGAACGCCUAUUCGUACACUACAUCGCCGACUCCCCGUCCGGCGGCUUAACAGAUGAUCAAAGCAGCCGCACAGAAACAAGCUCCUACGCCCCUUUAAGCUUUAUAGUGGUCGCAUCUGCCGAACAAGGCCGCCGAAUCCCAUUCGCCUACCUACUCGAAAUGAAACGCAAAUUCCUAACAGCCUACAACCCUUCCAGCACAGACUUCAGCGCCCUACCAGCCUACGGCUGCGCAGCCUUUAACACCGAACUGCGCUCCCUCCUCCAAACAUACAACACCGCCCCACCGGGCGACUCGCUUGCAUCCGCGAAGCGUGAGAUCGACAGCGUGCGCGAUAUCAUGACGGAGAAUAUUGAGCGGGUUCUGGAGCGCGGGGAGCGGAUUGAUUUGCUUGUUGAUAAGACGGAUCGGUUGGGGGGUAGUGCGCAUGAUUUCCGGAUGCGGAGUCGUGGGCUGCGGAGACGGAUGUGGUGGAAGAAUAUCAAGUUGAUGGUUUUGCUUGGUGUUGUUGUUGUUUUCUUGCUUUACUUGUUUAUUGGGAUGGGGUGUGGAUUGCCUGCUUGGUCGAAGUGUGUUAGCCAUGGCUCAUGA